AUGGCGGACGAACGUUCGAGACAGCAGCUCAUCAACCGGCGGACGACGCUCAUCGCUGCGCUAGGAAGAGCGGAACAAUUCGUCGAGAAAUACGUGGCGGAACGGGACAGUGGCCAGGUGAAACUACGUCUCGAGAGCCUCGAUACCGUGUGGAUGGGAUUGGAGGAUGUGCAGACCCAGCUCGAGGACCUGGAACUGACCAACCAAGGUAUGGCGCAAAAUCUCGCUUUCCGUUCCCACAACGAAACCCGCUAUUUCCAAAUUAAGGCUUCUCUUCAAUCCUACCUCCCCAAUGUACCACCUUCGACAAACGCAAAUCUCCAAUCGUCUCCCUCUGGCCUGUCUGGCAUCAAACUACCAACCAUUUCCCUGCCGGAGUUCGACGGGGACUACAACAACUGGUUAGCUUUCCACGACACGUUCGUCGCUCUAAUCCACUCCAACCCCGACGUUCACGACAUCCAAAAGUUGCAUUACCUCCGUGCUGCUCUGAAAGGAGAGGCAGCACAGCUAAUCGAAUCCAUCGGCAUCAGCUCCGCCAACUACCCGAUUGCAUGGCAAACCCUCGUCUCUCGCUACGCUAACGAUUAUCUCCUCAAAAAGCGACACCUCCAAGCCCUCCUCGAUUGCCCUCGAAUGAAAAAGGAAUCCGCCGCUGCAUUGCAUUCCGUCGUCGACGAGUACGAGCGCCACACCAAGACCCUCCGCCAACUUGGUGAACCUAUCGAUUCCUGGAGCACUAUGCUGGAGCAUCUUCUUUGCCUCCGACUCGACGACGCGACGCAGAAAGCAUGGGAAGAUUUCGCUACGACCACCACAAACCCCGACUACGGUUGUCUCAUUGAUUUUCUCCACCGUCGCAUUCGUGUGCUAGAAUCAAUGUCCGUUAAUCACCAAGCACAGCCAACAUCCAAUCAACAACCACCAAUGUUUCGACGCCCACCGUUCCACAAAACCGUUUCCCAUGCCGUUACAGAAGCCACACCACGAAAAUGCCACUCUUGCGAUCAACAUCAUCCUCUCUUCCAAUGCCCACGAUUCGAAAGAAUGUCCGUCGCCGAUCGUCUGAAAGUCGUCAAUGACCAACACCUCUGCCACAAUUGUUUUCGUCAAGACCACCUCGCUCGCAAUUGUCAAUCAAAAUUCUCGUGUCGUCACUGCCGAAAACGACACCAUUCAUUGCUCCACCCAGGCUACCACCCACUCGAAACCGAACAAUCAUCCACCACCGUUCGCCCAUCAACGUACACACCGAAGCCCAUCGUCAAACAAGAUGCAGCACCCAACCGACGACCACCCACUUCCACGAAUGCUGUCAGUGAACAGACGUCCAACUCCUCGCAAACAUCGAACGCCAAUGUUUUGCUUUCGACAGUCGUGUUGAUGGUCCUCGAUUGUAAUGGUCAAGCUCACCCCGCACGAGCUCUGUUGGAUAAUGGAUCGCAAUCCAACAUCAUCAGCGAUCGACUAUGCCAGCUCCUCCGUCUCAAGCGAAACAAGAUCAACAUCCCAGUGUUCGGUGUCGGUGAGUCCUCCUCCAGUGUCAACCACUCGGUCAGUGCUACUAUCAGUUCGAGAACCUCCGAUUUCGAGAUUGGUUUGGACUUCCUCGUCAUGCCCCGUAUAACGAUCGAUUUGCCCGUUGUUUCCUCUCCUUCCAAUGACUGGCAUGCCCCGCAAGAUCUUCCGUUGGCCGACCCUACCUUCAAUAAGACCGGUGCCAUCGACAUGUUGCUCGGAGCGGAACACUUUUUUACAUACGUGAACCCUGGUACCCGGAUCGUAGAAGGUGAAAACCCGAUCCUCAUCAAGAGCGUUUUCGGCUGGAUUGUCACCGGUAGGAACCAAACGCCCCUGAAAUCGCCCCCCGAAGCAUGCCAUGUCUCGCUUUCCGAUCCACUCCAUGAGGCCAUGGAACGCUUUUGGCUUCUCGAAGAGGUAGAAAACCGUCCAAACUACUCGGUGGAAGAACAGCAAUGCGAAUCCCACUACAUUUCCAAUGUCUCACGUACACCGGAGGGAAGAUAUAUCGUCCGUUUGCCCCGUCAUCCAAAUUUCGAUCACAUGCUCGGUGAGUCGAAGUCUGCUGCACUGCGUCGGUUCUAUUCCCUGGAAAGACGGCUGAGCAAGGAACCCCAUUUAAUGGAAGAGUACCACUCUUUCCUAUCCGAAUACCUUUCGCUUGGACACAUGCGAGUUGUUCCAUCGAGCGAAGAGGAACCGCAGCAGGUGCAUUAUUUGCCCCACCAUGCCGUACUGAAAGAGGCCAGUACAACCACCAAAGUGCGUGUAGUCUUUGACGGAUCCGCGAAAACCUCCACCGGAUAUUCCCUCAACGACGCCCUCCAAGUCGGUCCGAUUGUUCAGGACGAGCUACUGACACUAGUCCUCCGAUUCCGCAAGUAUCCAAUAGCCCUCGUAGCGGACAUCGCGAAAAUGUAUCGCCAGGUGUUACUGCAUCCCGACGACACACCACUACAGCGCAUUCUCUGGCGAUUUCAUCCAGACGACCCGAUCACCACGUACGAAUUGUCUACGGUUACCUAUGGACUAGCACCGUCAUCAUUCCUUGCCACUCGGACCCUGCAACAGCUCGCUGCCGACGAAGGAGAUGCCUACCCGCACGGAGCCCCCGCUCUGAAGAAGGGAUUCUAUGUGGACGAUUAUAUAGGGGGAGCGGAUACAGAGGAAGAGGCAAUCGAAACACGGGAGGAACUUGACGAACUGCUGGCCAAAGGAGGAUUCCAAUUGAGGAAAUGGGCAUCCAACAGCGAAAAGGUCCUGGAAGGACUCGACCCAUCGCGAAUUGCAACCCAACCAACGAUGAAAUUUGACCACGAAGAGCCCAUCAAAGCGCUCGGGAUCUGUUGGGAACCCAGGACGGACCUGCUGAGAUUCGACUCGACCCCUACUGUCGGAAAUGGUCCACCAACUAAACGUUCUAUUCUGUCUGCCGUUUCAAAACACUUCGAUCCCCUAGGUCUCACCGCCCCAGUCGUCAUACGAGCAAAAAUGUUACUGCAGGAGCUCUGGCUGCAGCCUUGCGGGUGGGAUGAAGAGGUAUCCGACGCUAUUGAAGACAAGUGGAACAGCUAUUGCACCGACCUACCGAAGAUUGUCUCCUACCGUGUUGAACGAUAUGCAUUUCUUCCGAAUUCCUACGUUCAGCUGCACACAUUUGCGGAUGCAUCCCAGCAAGCAUACGGCGCUUGCAUUUAUGCCCGUUCCACAGACGUCGAAGGUGCCGUAAAAGUCCGAUUGAUCGCUUCCAAAUCGAAGGUAGCCCCCCUCAAGCGAGUUUCCAUUCCCCGUCUGGAGCUAUCUGCUGCUGUGCUGGCUGCGCGGUUGCAUAAGCGAGUUUCCGAAGCAUUGGAUAUGCCUAUCACUGCUUCCCAUUUUUGGUCCGAUUCCACCGUCACACUUGAGUGGCUUCGAUCGCCUCCAUACACUUGGAGCACCUUCAUCGCGAAUAGGGUUUCUGAAAUCCAAACCACAACACAGGGAUCCUAUUGGCACCAUAUCGCAGGGAGAGAGAAUCCAGCGGACCUAGUCAGCAGAGGAAUGACCGUCGAAAAAUUUCUAUCCAGCAACUUGUGGCACCAUGGGCCAGCCUGGCUAACAGCACCUGAAACGGAGUGGCCAAUUAGUACCCAGCAGCAGAAAACACCCGAAGAAAUCCUGGAGCGACGAAGAAUGGUGGCGGCUGUGCAAAAUAAGCCCGAAGUGAAUGGCAUGUUUGACACAUCGCUGUGCUAUAAUCGUUUGACACGAGUGACAGCAUACUGUCUGCGCUUCAUCCAAGCUUGUCGUAGUGGUCGUCGUCGAACUACAUCGUCACCAUGUCCCGAGUUGGAUGUGAUAACAAAUGCAAUCACCGUUGAGGAGAUGUCAGCAGCCCGUAUGAAACUAAUCAAGCUAGCCCAAGCAGACGUCUUUGCAGAGGAGAUUAGGUACUUGGGGAAGGGAAAAGCGGUUUCCAAGCAUUCGAGCCUACGUCUUCUGAGCCCUUUCAUCGACGAUUCGGGAAUAUUGAGAGUUGGGGGUAGAUUGCGUUUGUCAGAUCAGCCUUAUAUAACCAAACAUCCCAUCCUCCUUCCCAAUUCCCAUCCAUUAACACGGUCAAUCGCCAUGCACUACCAUCUGAGGCUACUCCACGGUGGCGGCCGUGUGACCCUAGCGGCCAUUCGCCAAGAAUUUUGGCCGAUACAAGGAAGGCGAUUGGUCAACCACAUCGUACGGAAUUGCUUCCGUUGCUCUAGAGCCUCACCCGUUCCCGCCAAACAACAAACUGGACAACUGCCGCUGCAGAGAAUUACCCCGAGCCGUCCUUUUUCUGUCACUGGAGUAGAUUUUGCCGGUCCGGUCUACAUGAAAGCAAUCCACAAACGCGCCUCACCAACCAAGGCUUACAUCAGCGUCUUCGUUUGCUUCGUCACGAAAGCUGUGCACCUAGAGCUGGUGAGUGACCUCUCCACACCAGCAUUUCUCAACGCGCUACGAAGGUUCAUCGCUCGUCGCGGGUGCCCCACACACAUACACUCCGACAACGGAAAGAAUUUCGAGGGAGCCCGCAACGCACUGCACGAAUUGUACCAAAUGCUACGGCGAGAAAAGGCAACCGGAUUCAUUGCCACACACUGCUCAAGCCAGGGAAUCCAGUGGCAUAUGACUCCACCGAAGGCCCCACAUUUUGGCGGACUGUGGGAAGCUGCCGUCAAGGUGGCCAAGAAGCAUAUGUACCGUCAGCUAGGAAAUGCGAAGCUGUCUUUCGAAGAUAUGUCGACGGUAUUGGCGCAGAUAGAAGGCGCCAUGAAUUCUCGUCCCUUGACACCACUCACGGAGGACCCCAAUGAUUUAGCCGUUCUGACACCAGCCCAUUUUCUCAUCGGAACUACACAGUCUGCUCUCCCCGAUGCGGAAGUAUGCCAGGUUCCGAUCAACCGCCUCGACCACUAUCGAGCCCUGCAACACCGAGUUCAACAAUUUUGGCAUCAGUGGCAGACCGAAUAUUUGCAGGAACUGCAAAAAGAAAACAAAAUCAACGCUCCCAAUACAGCAAUUCAGCCCGGCAGGAUGGUUGUCGUCGUCGAUGAAUUUCUAGCUCCCGUCAAGUGGCCUCUAGCGAGAAUUGUCAACACCAUUGAAGGACCAGACGGGCUCAUCCGAGUCGUUGACCUGCACACCACCAAAGGAAUCAUUCGCCGUCCGGUCACGAAGAUCUGUUUGCUGCCUUUUGAAUCAGGAACUCAAUGA